UUUUGGACUGUCGGGCAAUUGGGUUUUCCGUUUGGAUGGGACCCCCCACAUGUCUACCGUAAAUGGGGUCAUAUGGUCGGUUGGUGCAUCUCCGAAAUGCAACCUGUUUUCUGCACGCCGUUAGUGCAAUCCCCAUGACCAAGCCAAGGACGCACCGACUGGUGCUUCCGUCAUUCUGAAUUCCCCCGACUGCACCAAGCGCCACGGACAGCAUGAUGCACAUGGCAACGCGGACGGCGGCCACCCAGCCGCAGUACACCCAGAUCCGUGAACUUGCCAACGCCAUUUUUGGCCGCGUCCUCCUCUGUGUGGACAACUACACGCAGCAACCCGUUGCGAUCAAGUGCAUGAACAUGCAAGCGUCCCGCGCGAAACUCUCUCUCCAAGAAAACAUUGUCGUGCAUGAAGACGUUGCGAUGGAAAAGCAGGUCUUGCGCGCGUUGAGCGCCCACGGCGGCCACCCCAACGUCCUCCGCCUCCUCAAUGACUUUCAACAUGCCGGCCACGACUUCCUCGUCCUUGAAUACUGUGCGCAAGGGGAAUUGUUUGACAUCGUCAGCGCUCAAGACCGCCUCGCCCUUUCCACCGCGCAAACGUAUUUCCGACAAGUCGCGUGCGGCCUCCAGUACAUGCACAGCCACGGGUACGCCCACUGCGACCUGAGCCUCGAAAAUGUCCUUGUUGAUGCUACCGGGCAAGCGAAACUAUGCGACUUUGGUUUGGCUGCGAGCCUAUAUGAAUGGAAAACUGGCGGCGUUGGCAAGUCGUUCUACAUGGCCCCGGAAAUGUACUGUCAACAGUUCUACGCGCCGGGCGUCGCCGACGUGUGGUCCCUCGGCAUGAUGCUGUUUAUCAUGGUCACGGGAAGUCCGUUGGUGCAGAAGGCACACCCAAGCGACCCAACCUUUCACUUUGUUCAAACGUAUGGCCUGCGUGCGAUUGUGUCGGCUUGGCGAAUGGAGAGCUUGUUCAGCGUUGAAGCCCUCGACCUCUUGUGUUGCAUGCUCGAUCCCAACCCGUUGACCCGCAUGACGCUGGACGAGGUGCUUGUACAUGACUUUGUGUACGAAGACAUCCCGCUGCCGCCGAUGGACUGCGCCGUCCACGACGCUGCCGACUGGAUCGAGCCAUUUUUGCGUUCGAAAAAGAACGCGUUGAAGUUGAGCUGAACAACGCACGUACUCGUGAUUUUAUUUAUAUCUAAAUUAAUGUCCACUCGUCCGUCA